AACACGGACAUUGUCUGAGUCUGAACUUUCUCUCCCUCCCCCACCUCCACCAUGUGACGAUCAAUCAUCCCUAACCCCAGCAUCCUCUAUCAAUAGGCUAGACUUGGACCUUCCUCCUCCCCCAACUCCUCCUCCCCCACCACCUGUUGACUCUGAGCCUGAUCAUUUCCCUCCGCCYCCACAGGAUUUCCUUCCACCCCCUCCCUCACAGCAUGAACUGGACUCUAUGCCAUACCAGACACCUAAUCCAUCACCAGCAAAAGCCACAAAAAUGACGGUCAAAAGGGUGAAAGGUCCUGCAUUGCAUCAAGUCUCGAAGCUUGAGCCAACCAGUCAGAUUCAGAAAAUUCAACAGGCAACCUCUGAGAAACAUACAACCACAGCCAACAAAUCUGUGUUGGAAAUCAGCAAAACUCAAAAUGAAUUAACUGUUUUGUCUGAAAUCCCAAAACCCCCAGAAUCACCACGACCAUUAAAGAAAGUUUACGUCGCCCCUAUAAGAUUUACUCCUCCACCUUCCCCUCCUCCCUUCAUGAGAUCCGCUAAAUUCAAAACUCCAUUAAUACAGGCAGAGGAAAAGUACAGAAAACAGAAAGUGGAUAGUACACCACCUGCUACACCGAGUCCCAUUUUCAUGCAUGAGUCAGUCACUGCUGCCCUUGAAAUGCUUUCCUCUGAGGAGGCAGGUAUGAAGCAAUCAAAAAAGAGCAUGGCAUUUGGUUUCACUCAAGAGGUGGCUGAAAAGACUGUGACUAAUGUUAAGUCAGACACACUAUCAUCUGAUUUAUCCAAGCAGGCGCAAAUCUCAGAUACUCCUUCAAGCAUGACAUUGAUCUCUGCUGUAUAUGGGAAAAAUCGCCCUGAAUCUGCUGUUAUUUCUGCAACUAAACAGCAUAUUGUCUCUGAUCAGACAUCCAAAGUCGUUUCAGUUCAGCACCAGACCACAUCUAUUUCCUCCACAAAGCAACAGACAGUUACUGCAACUAAACAACAGGUAACUUCAGCAUCCGCCAAGCACUCACACUCUGCUGUAAGUAGCUCUCAAGCCCAGAUCUCAUCCAGUGAUGCUAAAAAGGUUGAAAAUACAAAAGCAGAUGUUCAAAAUGUCAAAGUUUACUCUCAGGAUACAAAAACACACAUCCAGAAGGAUGUAAAAAAUAAAGGUUCCCGUAAAUCUGAGGAGAAAAAGAACAAGGAUAAUUCUGCAUCCCAAGUUCCCGAGAAGGUUUCUGACCAGCCUACCYAAACAGUAAAGGGAACCCAAGAAACAAAUGUCAAAGCAGCGAAAUCACCCUCAGAAGACAAAAAUAAAAAUUCUGUAUCACAAGCACCUGAGAAGGUUGCUAAUCAACCUAUCAAAGUAGAAAAGUUAACCCCAGAAACUAACGUCAAAUCAGGCAAAAAGAAGAAGGCCAAAGGGACAGAAAAGCAAGUAGAAGUAAAAGAAACAAAACAGCCAGAUGAAACUAAGACGGGAAACAUUUCACAGGUGAAGGAUGUGAAGGUGGAAGUAAAGGAAGUCACAAAGUUGAAGGUUUCUAGUGAGCAAACACAUGCCCAGACUGACGUCAAGGUCAAGGAGGACAGUCAGAAAGCUCCUGCUAUUAAAGACAACCAACCAGCAACUCCAACUUCUGCAAGAAAGAAGAAGAAGAGGAAGUCAAAAGCUAAAGAUGCAGCUGCCACCACAGAAUCAACUAAAUCUCUUUCUGAAAGUUCCACUCAAAGUCAGGAGAUACAAACAGCCCAUCAAGAGGAGCAGAUCCAGGUACAUAAGGAAGUUAUUAUCCCUGAAAGCAAAGUUGAAAGAAAAGUUAAUCAAAGUGUCCAGCAACAGGGAACAGUUAAAGUAGAAAAGCGGGUCGAGCCAUCUCAAAAGAAGAAAGAGUUGACAGGAAGCCAACAGAUUCAAGAGAAACCAAAGGAAGAGUACAGAAAUGUUCCAGUCAAAGUGGAAAGUGGAAAAAUGACAAACAUGUCAGCACAAAAGGAACCUGCGAAGCCCUCAACAGAGAGCACUGAGGAUUCUCAAAGACGAGAACAUGUCCAGYAGUUAAUCUCACAUAUAACAGAGUUAGAGGGAGCUUCAGGAAAAAUAGAUUCGAAAUCUGUGAAGACACUGCUCAAUACUAUUCCAGAGUGGCUCAUUGGUCCCGAGGAAAAUCUUUAUUUGGAGGGAACUGCAGUUGAGCAUAAUAUACAAAAGCUUACAGAAAUGGUUUCAUAUGUGAAAAAACGAGCAAAGGCAAAGUUGAUGUGUUUAGAGGGGAUCCACACUAAUCUGGAGAAGCGUGAGUGUGAACCUACUUCUGAAAAGAUCAUUGUUGGUGGUGCAACUCAAAGAAUACAUCAAAUAAGUAUUGGCUCUUUGAAAGUUGAAAGUCAAAAGAAAGUUGUGGAAAGCAAAGCAACAUCACAUGAAAGCAAAAUGCAAGAGUUGAGUGUAAAAUCUAUGCGCUCACCCUCACCCUUACUAAGGAUGCGCUCACCCUCACCCUUACUAAGGAUGCGCUCACCCUCACCAACCUUUAUUACCAUUGAAUCUACCCGGAGAACUGACUCUCCUCAGAGAAUAACCCCAUCACCUAUCCUAACGCACAGACCAGCCACUCCCCCAACACCUCCCCCCCGCAAAUCGGAAACUCCUACAACACGCAUCAAUAGGGCCACACCCUCUCCAACCUUCUCUAGGGCAGAGAACUUGGCGCGGCUAAAAGAUACUACAGCCAAGCUUUCCCGUGGGGUGACACCGCCUCCAGUUUCACUUCCUAUGCAAGUCACAGAAAAGAAAUCUGAGAUUGUGGAAUCCCCUGCAUCAUUCCAUCGGCAGAUCAAAAUUGAGGCACAAGCUGAGGGAACUUCAGAGGUGUCAGACACAACAAUUGUCACUCAAGAGGCUCAAAAGGCUGGUGUAAAGGUCACAGAUAAAGAGUCAUUCCAUCAAACGGAUAAAGAAGUCAUGGAAGCUUCUGAAAUGUCAGACUUGUCAAUGGUGACUAUGUCAGUGAGAAACAAGAGGGAGUUUUUUGAAGAUGCUCAAAAAGCUGAGGUAAAUAAGACCAAUGUGCGAAAAGAUCCCAUCGACAGCCCAGAGCACUUGGGCCCAGACAGGGAGGAGCUCAAAACAACAAAGCAAGAGAGUAAGGAUGACACACAAAGCACAUCUGAGAAGGUCACAGAGAACAAAGCUGAAAUAGUGGGAUCUGCAAAGUCAACUGAUAAAGAAUUGACGGAAGCUUCAAAAAUCUCAAACUCAUUAGCAGCAACUACAUCAGUGAGAGACAAGAGAGAGUUUUUUGAAGAGGCUCAUAAAGCUAAAGUAAAUAAGAUGUAUGUUCGAAGGGAUCCCAUUGAUAUCCCAGAGCGAUUGGGUCCAGACAUGGAGGAGCUCAAACCAGAAAACCAAGAGAACGAGAAGGAGGACCUUCCAAAGGUGGACUUGUCAGGAUUAGUCAACAAAUUUGAAACACCGGAAGAUAAAGUUUACGUCAGAAAGCCAAUGAGAGAAAGACGUGGAAAUGAGAUGGAAUAUACAGAGACUGACGUAGAAAAUACAAUUACUCAAGAAGAAGAGAUGCCAACUUUUGACAUCAAGGCUAUUAAAAAUGUUUUUGAAAUGGUUGAGCAAAGUCCCUCCUUCAAAGGGGAGAAAAAUAAACAGGAGGAGCUGGAGUCAAACCUGAGUGAAAACACAAGAGAUAGUUCAAAGCAGGAUAACACCCAGGAGACACAGAGGGGCUUCGGGCAGAUCUCGCCCCUGCCUUCCCAGAAAGAAGUGCAAAUCCUGUCAGCAGACCCAACAGGCUUCUCUGAAAAGUCAGUCACAGAGCAUUUCUCAAGCUUAGAUGAAUUCGGCAACAAGACAAUUGGAUCACUGAGCAGCACAACUGUUUCCCAGCACUCAGAGAGCAUAAUAACCCACCAUGCCCCCUUCUCAUAUGCUGACAUGGUAAAAAAAAAAAAGGGGMCUGAGGUGACGACGUCUGAAUCCCCGGAAGAGGCUUCCACUGAAGAGUUGCUGAGGAAUUUCCACAAAACAUGGACUGAGAGUGAGAGUGUUUUCAAGAGUCUCGGCUACAGUGUUUCGGAGGAGAAAACAUCACAUGUUGUGUCACAUCAAACAAAGACCGUUGUUACUGACUCGAAUUCCCAAGUCGGAGCUUUGCACUGUGUGUCAGAGGAGGGUCUAUCCGAUGGAGGCUCUAAUAACGGACAGAAAAAAAUUCCAUAAAUCCUGUUUCUGCUGCGAGCACUGCCAAAAUAAAUUAAGCCUUGGCAACUAUGUCUCUCUCCAUGGACAUCUGUGCAUUGUUUGUAGUGUGGUAAACACACACUACAAACAACUCUUCAAGUCCAAAAGGG